GUUAGGUAGGCUGCUUUCUUUUACUUUUCCUAUGUGCUGUUUCCUUCCCCUGCUCCCUCCCUCCAUUCUCUCACUCUCUCUCCCAUUAUCUCUCCCCUGCCUCCAUCUGGACUGAGGUUUUUUAGCGCUUGCUAAAGCAGCUCUUUCUGCUGAGGAACUGGGAAGGCUAGUUCUGAUGCACGCUGCUCAAAGAAAGGAUAUAGACACAUGCACACAGUGAUCUGAUCUGAAAAUGAGACGCAAAGCUCAUAAAUGGAUCAAUCCUGACAGAAAAUUACUGUCUGAUUCUGGAAGGAAAACUUAGGGUGUUUCACAGUCUCUGGGCGCCAACACCCAGUGGAAUUACUACACACAAGACAAAGCAAAAUAUAACAUGAAAAAAAUAUAUAUUGGGAAAACUGCACUUAAAGCCUCUCGAAAUGGUUGUAAACAUCAGAAAAGAAGUUCAUUGCAGGAGCAGAAGGAGGACCUACGGAAGCGGCUCUCCUAUACCACUCAUAAGCUGGAGAUGCUGGAGACUGAGUUUGACGCCACCAAGCAGUACCUGGAGACAGAACUAAGACGGGCACAGGAGGAGCUGGAGAAAUUUACUGACAAGCUUCGCAGGAUACAGAGCAGCUAUGCAGCAUUGCAGAGAAUAAACCAAGAACUAGAAGAGAAGUUUAACCAAAAGACACAGCAAUAUGAAGAGGAGAAAAGGACACUCAGUCGAGAGAUCAUCGUACUCAAUAAUCAUUUAAUGGAGGCCAAAAUCACUAUUAAAAAGCUAAGAGAAGACAAUGACCUGUACAAGAAGGACUGCAACAGUGCAGCUCAACUCCUGCAGUGUGGAAAAUCCCAUUACAGAGCACAGAAGCAGUCCAAGCUACACACUGACUUUCAGGAGAAGGCAAGUUCUCGCAUGGACAAUCAUGGGCGUGGGAGGGACAAGGGCCUGUGCCAUUUACCCUAUUCUGAUGCUGCAUCCACAGUCAAUGCCAAAGUAUUGGAGAAGCCUGAGCCAGGUAGUAGCUGCCCAGUCACACGGUCACCUAGCCCACAGCCUCAAGACCCAGACUUUCUGGCAAACAACGAAAUGAACAGUGUUGAUACUCUCCAACACCAUGUUGUAUACAAAUCUUCUGACCUAUACUGCAGUGACACAGCACUAUAUUGUCCCAUGGAUGAGAGGCGACAGGAUCGCUGGCAGGGGCGUCGGAAGAGUGUGGACCUCCAUGGCAGGAACACCAGCAUUCACCAACCCCGGAACUCCACAGACAGCAACCUGGAGGAUUACAACUUCCACUCUCAAUACUCCCACAAUGACGGGGUUCUCCAAGAAUUUGCAGCAGGGUCCUCACCAACCUCUAGCUCUUACUCUAGCUUUAGUGUGGCUUCGGAUGAGAAGGGCCUUGCUCCCAGCACCCUUUCCUCCUCUCACCUGGCUCUAUACAUGGACUGGCGGGAUGGUGAUUACGAGUGUAAGAGCACAUCCUCAUAUGACAAAGACAGCCCCAGGUUUCCCAAGUCGCACAGCUUCCAACACGUGACCUCCAGCCCACAAAACGGCAACUCCCCAGCCUAUAUGCGAACAGCAUCCUGCUACAGUGAGCCAUACCAUUCACCGCGGCUCACUUCCUCCCACAGCAUGGGCUCCUCAGGAGUGCCAAAAGACAGCUGCAGCAGCAUCCAUAUUCCUGAGGAGGAGCUAAUGGGCCGCUGGAGGCAUCUGAGUGUAGAGGACGUCAACAGCUUUUCAUAUCGCAAUCCUGGCCGUGUAUCCCCUUACAGCUUCUCUGAGCAGCACUUUGCAAUUGGCCCUUCCAAGAUCAAAGUAGGACCCCUAUACAGCAGUGUCCAGGAAGGAGACAACACCUUCCACACAGGUAUGCUGGAUUCCUGCUUCUCCACCUCGCCUGGCUCCAGCUUGGCACCAAGCCCCAAGCACAGUCUGGGAUUGUGUAUGACUGAAAAAGGACCAAUGUACCAGUCAAAUAACAGCAUCCAGGAGUCUAAGAGUAGCCUCUUCCUUGCUGGAAUCUCAAAAGACAAUGAGAGCACUGUGAGAAAUGUGAACAAAGAAUAUGUGGAUGUCAGCCCCAACAGCUCAGCUGAGUCAUUACACCAAACUCCACUGGAGGCUUCCAAUGUGCGGCACUACCAGCUUCAAAGUCCAGGGCCACAGAAGAAGACAUCUCCCCAGCACCAAAAAUUCACAAGCACAGGACUCAGUAGAAAGGACAGUCUCACCAAAGCUCAGCUGUAUGGAACACUGCUUAACUGAGUCAUUUGUUGAUUAUUAUUGAACACUCACCACUGACUCACCUGGCUGCAUUCUCAAAAAACUUAGCUUUAGGGUGUGGUAAGUGGUUGGCUUUAAAAGUGUUAGAAAGACAAAGAAGUGGUGUUACUUAGAGCAUUAACAUUUGAAAUACCUCAUUCCAAAGUCAUCAUACUGUAUAAUACUAAUAUUUUAGAAUAGAGGCUAGGUUUCACACAUACAUAUUCUGUCUGCUUAAACAAUUUCCCUUCAAUUGGUUUAAAACAUUUUAUGAUAUUUAUUGACCCUAAUAUAAAUGACAUAUGCUUUUUUAAAGGUUUUAUAUAUUUUAUAUAUAUAAACCUUUUAAACCUUUGUUACUUCCUGUGUCAUUGGAAUAAACAGACCCACACAGUACUGUGCAAAAGUCUUAGGCACCCUAUUUUUUUAGUACAAACUUUGUUAUAGAUUUUUAUUUUAUGACUUCUACAUUAUUGAUUCAGUGCAAAAACAUUUUAGAUUUCCAAACAUUUGUUUUCCAGCACAAAAUUAAAUGUUACAGAAAAAUGUUUGUAUGUCAGUAAAGAAAGCAGCAUAUUACAUAAGAGACACUUUUCAGACAAAAAAAACAUAAUGAAGGCUGCUAGGUUUUGCUGCAAAAAUAAGAAGCGAGUGUGACAGUUAAAGUCUCCAGAAGAACUGUGGCUGCUUCUGCAAGAUGCUCAGUAACACUUACAGCUCAUUUCCUUAUAAAACUGCACACAUCGUACCUGAGACUACGAAGGAUCAUCACACCAAAUAUUGACUUUGUUUCAUUUAUUACUGUUUACUGCUCUUUAUAGUAUUUUUUAAUGUAGAAACAUUUAAUUUCAUUAUUUUUGAAGGCAUCUUUGCUCUACAGCAUUUCCUAAGACUUUGCAUGUGCCUAAGACUUUUGCACAGUACUGU